CCUGUAUGCCAGGGAAAUGUGGCUUGGAUUGUAGCUACACCUGUCACUGUGACGCUGCCGACUGCAUUGACGUCACCGGGUGUUCUGGUAGUUGCCAGGAAGGAUGGUCAGGACCAACAUGCACUAAAGAAAAUGUAGCAUUGAGGAAAACUACCUACCAGAGUUCAUACUAUCCAAAGUUUACGCAUGUCGCUGUGCUUGCUGUAAAUGGCGACCGUCGCGCUGGUGGAGGAGGAUUCUGUAUUAUAACUGGUGUUAAUCAGCCAUACACGUGGUGGGAAGUAGACUUGGGAAGAGACUACUACAUACACAAGCUAGAUAUUUACUUCCGCACCGACUAUACAGGUCACAGAAACGGUGUUUACAUCUACAGCUCAACAGAAGCCAACCAAACGAAUACGGGCCAUCUGUGUGGUGCAACCACUAUAAACAGUCCUGAUAUAAUAACUGUUACAUGUGACCAUACAGCCAGAUACAUCACUCUCUACCGGAAUACAUCAAACAUUAUCGGUGGAAGUAUCAUGGACUUUUGUGAAGUAGAAGUGUACAUUUGUGAUCCUGGAACGUUUGGUGAUGACUGCAGUCAGUUCUGCUACUGCCGGAGUGGACCAUGUAACUACACAACUGGAGAAUGUGCAGGAGGAUGUAAACCAAACUGGGCUGGCACGAAAUGUGAUGGUUGUGAUUCCAGUCACUAUGGUGUCUUAUGCAGAAAACAAUGUUCUAGUAGACACUGUGACGAAACAACCAAUAUAUCUUCAUGUGACGUCCAUGGGUCAUGUGACAACGGAUGUGCACCAGGAUGGAAGGGGACAGACUGUCUGGAAAAGUGCUCGGAUGGUCAAUAUGGAAAAGUUUGUGAAAAAUCAUGUGUGCAACGGAACUGUUUGGAUAGAUCCAGUUCAUGUGAUCACGUGACUGGGGAAUGUGCUGGCGGUUGUAACCGAGGAUAUCGGUCUGUGGAUUGUACCGAGUCUUGUUCUGUUGGAACAUAUAGCUACAACUGCAACACGUCAUGUGAUGGUCGACACUGCAGUGGUAAUCAAGACUGUGACAAAUUCUUUGGGAACUGUACUCAGGGCUGUUUGAGUGGCUGGGAAUUGACAGACUGCGUAGUUCGGUGUCGCGAUGGUAGGUACGGACCAGGGUGUAAAUUCAGUUGCAGUGAAAGACACUGUAAAGGAGACAGUACGUCAUGUGAUGCAGAUCAAGGAACGUGUCUUAAUGGUUGUCAACCAGGAUGGAAGAAUCAAAGUUGUUCUGUAGCAUGUGCCACUGGUACAUACGGCCCAGACUGUCGGUUAUCGUGCUCACAGAGACAUUGUCAGGACGAAGGUGCUAGUUGUGACCAUAUCAAUGGUUCCUGUGGAGGUCCAUGUCAGGGCGACUGGAAGGAAAUAGACUGUACAGAGUGCUCUGAUGGUCAAUACGGAAAAGCUUGUGGAAAAUCAUGUGUGCAUCGGAACUGUUUGGAUAGUUCCAGUUCCUGUGAUCACGUGACUGGGGAAUGUGCUGGCGGUUGUAACCGAGGAUAUCGAUCUCUGGAUUGUGCCGAGUUUUGUUCUGUUGGAACAUAUAGCUACAACUGCAACGCGCCAUGUGAUGAUCGACACUGCAGUGGUAAUCAAGACUGUGACGCAUCCUUUGGUAACUGUACUCAGGGCUGUCUGAGUGGCUGGGAAUUGCCAGAUUGCGCAGUUCGAUGUACAGGGGCAUACGGUCUAGGAUGCAGUUCGUCAUGCAGCGACAGACACUGUAAACCUGAUGAUGCACCAUGUGAUCACUUGACUGGUUCCUGUGGUGGACCAUGUGAUGCUGGUUGGCAAGGAGAUACGUGCACAGACAAAUGUGACAGUGGUAAAUACGGUGAUAACUGUGCCAUGUUCUGCGCGAUCAGAAACUGCAUCAAUAAAGAUGUCUGUCCUCGUGCAGACGGAGAGUGUAUAGAUGGAUGUGUCUCUCGAUUUGAAGGACUGGACUGCUUGCGAGCUCAAGCUGUCACCGGUAACAGUGAUUCCGCCAUCAUAGCCCUUGCUGUUAUAGCGGGUGUGCUGCUUGUACUGCUGAUCAUAGUGACGAGUCUUUUUAUCUGGUACAUUAAACAUCAUGGAACAAAGUCGGACUUUUAUCAGCAAGAGAUGAGAAAAACAAACACGAACCCACCCAGCCCACCUACAGACCCCAGUGCUGUAGAAUAUGAAAUCGUCGAUAGACAAGAUGGCGGCCACAACAGUCCCAGGGCUUUCAGUUCCCAACAAGUCGACACAUCUCAUUCAGCCAAUUAUGGCAAUUCAUCGACGUCACGUGAUCAAAUGGGUGCCCAGCCGAGACAUUCUGAGAGUGGGUGUGGCUAUGUUAAUGCAGGACAAACGAAUGAGUACGAAAAGCUUGAUUUAUCCAACCCACCGCAGAAUGACUAUGAUAGGAUAACUGGUGUUUAAACAAAUAGGAAUGAACAUUUGGUUGACGAAUGUUGAGUCUUUUGCAAUGUGGUUUUAAACAGACAUUGUCGUUAUGGAAUUUGUUUCACAACGACUCAAGAUACUCAGCUAAACUUUUGUGUAUUACAUAAUCCUGUUGAGUUACGAAUCGUGUUCACAUAGUUAUCGGUCCUUGAAUUCAGACGAUAUGAAUGAAUGAAUGUAUGAAUGAAUGAAUGAAUGUUUAACAACACCCCAGAACGAAAAAUACAUCGGCUAUUGGGUGUCACACUAUGGUAAUUCAAAACAAAUUUGUUGAUCAACACGAAUAUAAAAAUUCAAGAGUCAAAUAAAAACACAGUGUAAAGAACUGUGCAAAUAUUUAGACGAUAUGAAAAUCUGUUUUAAUACAGGUAUGAUUAAUACUUUUUAUAGGAGUUUUAGUAUUAUUCAUAUUAGAGUUGCAUCCCCCCCCCCCCCCCCCCCCCCGCAGGUCUGAGAGUUCCACUCAAAUGAAAACAAAAUCGGAUGUAAAAGUCCUUGUCCCCAAACGACCGGGAUAACGUAGCCGGAUUUUCUACCCAUCGGACUCCUCAAUCACCAAAUCAUUUAUAGCGGUAUGGUUAAAUAAUAACAAUGUAUUAAUGCUUUAGCACCAUACGGCGACUACAAACAUGGAUACAUACAUGCGUGCUUCUAUGGGACGGGAGCACCUUUCUAAUUUGGCGCUCCUAACGAUUCAUUAUGACCAAGAUAUAGAUGUGAACAAGGUUGCAACAUUAUUCGCCCAACAGCACCUAAGGAAAAUGCAACUCGACUUUGUAUUUAUAUAUUGAAAUGAUAUGAUCUUUGUGCAAGUUAAGGAGCGGGGCGUAGCAAGAACGUCUGUCUGAGGUUCAAUUUGCUGAAGGUUCGGUACUCCACAGUGGGCCCGUUUGAUUAUUUCCUUUCCCAACCAGUGAUCCAUAACUGGUCCACCAAACGACGUCGUGUGUGCUAUCCUGUUUGUGGGAUGUGGGAAGUGCAUAUAAGGAUCCCUUGGAAAGAGGCAUAGGAUUUCAUCUGUGACCAAGUAUCGAUAUAACUGUGCGUUUGCCAUCCAAUAACCACAGAUUAAUAGUCAGUUUGUUCCAGUAGGCUUACAUUUGUUACUAUUUUUGCCAGGUACCAUUUAUUAUAAAUGCAUUGGUACUACUGAAAUCAAACGGUUUCUUGUUGUCGCUCUGUAACCACGCCAUUUUACAUGCAUACAACAACUUAAUGGUAGUACUAAACCAAAUAACUUCAUGUGUUUGUUGCCAUUUAAUAUGUUUUCUACUAAAAUAGCUUUUUUGUCGAAUAAAUUGUAUAUUA